AUGGAGUCCGUCUCCCCCUAUGCAGUCUCUGCGACAAAUCGAAGUGGCUUGAUUGUCAUCGUUGAAACACUGUUUAUGACGUGGAUGAUUAUAGUGAGUCUGAUUCGACUGUACAUGCGUCUUGCAAUCAAUGGACCGGUCAAGAUUGAUGAUGUGGUAGUGUUUGCCGGCAGUAUAAUGGCCGUCGCCCAUGUCGGAACAAUCAUGGAUGCAAUUUCCCAUGGUCUAGGCCGAUCAGAGGACGAAAGCUCGGUGUCGAACUUAACACGCGCUGGAAAGAAUGUCUACGCAGCGAACCUUUUAUUCCUGGCUGGACACGGCACAGCCAAGAUUUCCAUAUGUUUGCUUCUCAAACAACUCGGCCGGCAAGAGAGCUACUUGCUCUGUUCCAAGAUUCUUCUUGGCGUGGUGACGGCGUGGAUGCUUGCUUCGAUUCUUGCGGUUGCCCUCAGCUGCUUCCCGCCAUACCAAUUUACCAUGGCCCAACAUUGUAGCAGUAUCGGAGUUGCCUGGAAAAUUAUCACUGUCUUCGACGUGAUUACGGAAAUCCUUACCUUCGCGCUGUGUAUUUUACUGGUGUGGGGGGUUCAGAUGCGGUGGAAGCAAAAAUGGGCAGUAGUUUUUGCGUUUGGGACGAGGGCUCCGGUUGUCAUCUUGAUCAUACUUCGCCAAAACUAUCUCACCCACUCCCUUUUCCAUCCCGACGCACCUUUGCAUCUAUCUGAUGCAAUUAUCGUGACCGCCGUUCUUCUUCACUCCAGCAUUAUGGUAUCUACAGUGCCAUGUCUAAAACCGUUUGUUAUUUCAUUCAACACAGGAUGGGGACAGGGCGUCACAAACGGAAAGGGCCAAAAUUCGUAUUUCACACCUACUGGAAAGAGUGCAUCGACCAAUCAAUCCCACGUCUACUCAACAAAUCGAGGAGAGAGGGAUGAAGCUGAUCUGACUGCUUCCCGGCAGUCGCAGGAUAGUCAGCACUCACGACGUCUGAUUAUUCACCAGACGCGGGAGUGGAGGGUGGUGGAGGAGGAGUAUGAGAUGCAUUCUAUACAAGAUAGAAUUUAA